AUGGCUAGAAUUCUGUUAUUCAAGAGAAAUUAUUUUGUGCGGAGUUCGAACGGGAAGAACUGUCCGGACAUGUAUCUCGAUCCUGCAGAAGGCAUCAAUUGGUAUCAGAGCCAACUUAUACCUGGAAAUAGAAUGGCGGACAAGGGCAAAGGACCUGCGACAGAGGAAGAAAUCGCCGCCGAUGUGCAGCGACUCGCGAUUGAUAUACGCAGGGAGUUUAAUCUCCUGCGUACGAUACCUAUGAACCAAGAUCAUCCCCGUGAGGAGGCCCGAGUAAAUCGGCAGAUACCACGGAGAAGAAGAGGCGGUGAACACUUUGGAAGACGGCAUCAGUUCAACCGGCUGGAAGCUACUGAUUCAGAGGAAGAACCCGUUCUGACGCGGGAUUUGAAUCCACCAUACUCUAGCGGCGAGGAGGUGGAUGAUUUUGAAGUCGCAAAUCCACCACGAAAUAGGCGAACACCACAAAACCGACAGCAAUUUGGGGAGUUCAAGGUAAAAAUGGACAUUCCAUUUUUUGAUGGUCAUUUGCAUAUUGAGGAUUUCCUGGAUUGGGAGAAAGCCGUAGAAAACUUCUUUGAUUACAUGGAUAUCGAUCCGGAUAAGAAGGUUAAAUAUGUAGCUUGUCGGUUGAAAGCCGGGGCGAGCGCAUGGUGGGAACAAACACUGCAAUCACGCCGCCGAGAGGGACGUGACCGGAUUCGUUCGUGGCCGCGGAUGAAGCAACUAAUGCGAGCACAGUUCCUUCCCACUGAUUUUGAGCAAAUCUUGUAUAUGAGGUACCAGCAUUGUGCGCAAGGUACCAGGACCGUGAGUGAAUACACGGAGGAAUUCCAAAGGUUGAGUGCCAGGAACGAUCUUAAUGAGUCAGCCACGCAGUUGGUAGCUCGAUAUAUCGGAGGCCUCAAGGAUACUAUACAAGAUCAAUUGGAGUUGAAUUCCGUUUGGUCGAUGCCGCAAGCCAUCAAUUUGGCCCUGAAGAUUGAGGUACAACAAAAUCGCAAGCCCAAGACACCGUAUUAUCGACGACAUUGGCAAGAGCCGAAUUCCACUGCUAACAAGGCUCCUACACCACCCGUCGGAAGAACUCCUGCUUCCACAACAACAGCAACAACUCAGCUCAAUUCCUCAAGUGUAACCACUGAGGGAAAAGCCAUACAGAAACCAAAAGGAGCCAGCUCAACUAACCCGUAUGCCAAACCCUCUAACCUUAAGUGCUUUCGUUGUUUCCAGCCCGGGCACAAGUCCAACGAGUGCCCACAACGACAACAAGCAAAUAUGGCCGAACCGGGGGAGGAAACGAACUCAGAUCACUCAGCUUCUGAAUUGGCAGAGGAAGCCGUGGAUAUUCCAGCAGAUGAGGGCGAUCCUUUUAUUGGAGUCAUGGGAAAAUUAUUGCUGGCCCCCCGCCGCAGUGGCCGAUCUCAACGCCACGCCAUCUUUAAGACCAGGUGUACUAUCAAUGGCAAAGUGUGCGACUUACUCAUAGAUAGCGGCUGCACUGAGAACAUUGUAUCCAAGACAGUCGUCCAAGGGUUACAAUUGAAGACGACCAAGCUCGUACACCCCUACAAGAUUAGUUGGGUGAAGAAAGGGAUGGACAUAGCCGUCACCGAUUCUUGUCGCGUGACGUUGUCUAUUGGGAAGAAUUACUCCUGCGAAGUCCUAUGUGACAUCCUAGAGAUGGACGUAUGUCACUUAAUUCUGGGAAGGCCUUGGCAGUUCGAUGUGGGUGUUCAAUAUGAUGGCAGAGCAAAUGUCUAUUCCCUCGAUUGGAAAGGAAGGAAGUUGCGGCUACUACCGGGGCCAACCGAAACACAAUCAGAGAACAAGGCCGCUAUACACUUUGUCUCGGGUCGCAGUUUAAUUCAAGAGUGGCGAGACCAGGCGCCUAUGUUUGCUCUACUCGUCACCGAACCGAACAGUCAACUGCAGAAGCUUAAUGGCAAGGCAGAGAUUGCAGAAUUUUUGGAAGAUUAUCAAGAUGUGACGCCGGAUGUGUUGCCCGCCGAACUGCCUCCAUUAAGAAGCAUACAGCAUCAAAUUGAUCUAAUCCCAGGCGCCACACUGCCCAAUCUCCCUCAUUACCGCUUAAAUCCCAGAGAGCAAACCAUUCUGCAAGAGUUGGUUGACGAGUUGCUUACGAAGCAACUAAUACAAGUGAGCCGCAGCCCUUGUGCAGUUCCUGCGUUGCUCGUGCCGAAGAAGGAUGGUAGUUGGCGAAUGUGUGUUGACAGCCGCGCCAUCAACAAAAUCACGAUCAAGUACCGCUUCCCCAUGCCACGGGUUGAUGAGCUGCUAGACCAACUGACCGGAUCAACAAUCUUUUCCAAAAUUGACCUCCGUAGUGGAUACCACCAGGUUCGGCUUCGACCUGGUGACGAGUGGAAGACGGCAUUUAAAACGCCUCAAGGACUCUAUGAAUGGAAGGUAAUACCGUUUGGGUUGUGUAAUGCACCUUCAACGUUCAUGAGGGUCAUGAACGAGAUACUAAAACCGCAUUUGGGAAAAAUUUGUAUCGUCUACUUCGACGAUAUAUUGGUCUAUAGUGUAGACCGAUCACUCCACCUUCAACAUUUGAAGGUCUUAUUCGACAUACUCCGUGCGCAAAAAUUAUAUGUUAACUUGCCAAAAUGUGAGCUGGCCACCGCGAGUGUCAACUUCUUGGGAUUCAUUGUCUCGGGUGGCGGCAUUCAUGUUGAUCCACAGAAGGUUUCUGCUGUUAAGGAGUGGCCACAACCCAAGUCAUUUUAUGAUAUUCGGAGCUUCCACGGUCUGGCAAACUUUUAUCGACGCUUUGUCAAGAAUUUCAGCAUAAUCACGGCACCGAUAACUGAAUGUCUCAAGCUCAAAACAUUUAAAUGGGGAGCCGAACAAGAGCUUAGUUUUAACAAAAUCAAAGAAGCACUAACGUCCGCCCCAAUUCUCGCCCUCCCAAGCUUCGAAAAGCUCAUCACCGUGGACACUGAUGCGUCGUCAAUUGGUAUUGGUGCAGUGCUGUCGCAAGAAGGUAGGCCUAUCGCUUAUUUUAGCGAUAAAUUAUGUCCGGCAAGGAGGAAUUGGGCGGCAUACGAACAGGAGUUAUAUGCGAUUGUUCGGGCACUGAAACAAUGGGAAUCCUAUCUCUUACACCAGGACUUUGUUUUGUGCAGUGAUAACAAAGCUCUCCAGCAUAUAAAUACCCAAAAAAAUAUCAGCCGCAUGCAUGCUCGUUGGCUAGUCUUUUUGCAAAGAUUUUCGUUCACUUUGAAGCACAAACCUGGCACGGAGAAUCGCGUCGCUGAUGCUCUAAGCCGGCGGGCGGUAUUACUCACAAAGCUGCAAGCCGAACUUGUGGGUCUAGAGCAUGUCAUCGAAUUGUAUGCAGAUGAUGAGGAUUUCGCCGCCAUCUGGGCUAAGUGCCUACAGUCCUCCCACUGUGAAGAGUAUUCAAUCCGGCAAGGAUUUCUUUUCAAGCACCACCUCUUGUGCAUUCCGAUCUCUUCAUGGCGCCAACAUUUGAUUCGUGAAACCCACUGCGGAGGACUUGCGGCGCACUUGGGACAAGAUAACACUCUCCGUCAAUUGCAAGCUCGUUUUUAUUGGCCACGCCUUCGGCGUGAUACUCUCCGAUUUGUAGAGAGCUGUGCCGUCUGCCAAGCAUAUAAAGGGGGAUCACAAAACAGUGGGUUAUACAUGCCUCUACCG